UUCAAAGGUCUUAACAUGUUUAGGUAUUGUUGCAUCUUUCUCGCUGUCCAUUGUGUUUUAGGUGGUAACCUGGUCGAGGUGCUCCAAGCUAAUGGCGAGUCAAGACUGAUCCAGUAUGCGACAGCCUGUGGAUUAGCUGAUACAAUAUUAGGAGGAACAUACACCAUCUUUGCACCCACAAAUGCUGCAUUUGAUGCACUUGGAACCGAACAAGAACUCCUUUCUGAUAAAAAUGUUCUUACCACUAUAUUACUGUAUCAUCUGACUAAUGGAGUUAUACGGAGCACAGAUGCGCGGAAUGAGCUAACAGUUGAAUCGGUUGCCGGACUGAAAGUCAGAUUCAAUAUUUACCAGCAUAACAAAGUAAUUACAGUUGAAGGUGCCAAAAUUUCAAAGUUUGACCUGAAUGCUUCGAACGGAAUCGUCCAUGUCAUUGAGAAAGUAAUGAUACCACCUACCGGAGGAAUUGUCGAACUCGUAUCAGGGAACAAAGAUCUAAGCACAUUAUUGUCAUUAGUCCAGAAAGCAAAUAUUACAGGAAUUAUUCAACGUGAUCCAUUAACAGUAUUUGCACCAACAAAUGCUGCAUUUUCAAGAUUAUCUGCAAAUGUUUUAAGCAGGUUAAAUAGUGAUACAGCUCUACUAAAAGAGGUUUUGGAAUAUCAUUUAGUACCACAUACAGAGUAUUCACCUGGUUUAUAUAACAGAGAAUAUCUGCGAACGUUAGAUGCAAAGAGGGAUGUUAUUCGUUUAAGUGUGUCAGGAGGAGGAGUGUCAGUAAACUCAUAUGGGCACGUUUUAAAAGCUGAUAUUCCAGCUACAAAUGGUGUUGUUCACUUAAUUGAUCAUGUACUCAUCCCACUCCGAUAUUGGCGUACCCAUGGCGUUGUCAGAACAUACACCAUCUUUGCACCCACAAAUGCUGCAUUUGAUGCACUCGGAACUGAACAAGAACUUCUUUCUGAUAAAACUGUUCUUUCUACUAUAUUAUUGUAUCACCUGACAAAUGGAGUUAUACGGAGCACAGAUGCGCAGAAUGAACUAACAGUAGAAUCGGUUGCUGGACUGAAAAUCAGAUUUAAUAUUUACCAGCAUAGGCAUAACAAAGUUAUUACAGUUGAAGGUUCCAAAAUUUCAAAGUUUGACCUGAAUGCUUCAAAUGGGAUCGUCCAUGUCAUUGACAAAGUAAUGAUACCACCUACCGGAGGAAUUGUCGAUCUCGUAUCAGGAAACAAAGAUCUAAGCACAUUAUUUGCAUUAUGCAAGAGAGCAAAUAUUACAGGAAUUAUUCAAAGUGAUCCUUUAACAGUAUUUGCACCAACAAAUUCGGCAUUUGAUAGAUUAUCUGCAAAUGUUUUAAGCCAAAUACAUGAUGAUACAACUAAACUUAAAGAGCUUUUAGAAUAUCAUUUAGUACCACAUACAGAAUAUUCACUUGGUUUAUAUAACAAAGAACAUCUCAGAUCGUUGGAUAAAAAAAGUGCAUUACUUCGUCUAAGUGUGUCAGAAAAAGGAGUGUCAGUAGACUCAUAUGCGCACGUUAUAAAACCUGAUAUUACAGCUACAAAUGGUGUUGUACACGUGAUUGAUCAUGUACUUCUUCCAUACCGAAUUAUGUAUGGCUUUGGAAAAUAG